GCUCCAUACUUUCCACACGGUUUCAUGCACGCUACAGUGUCAGUGGGUGAGGGUCCAUGAGAUGCUUGCGGACAAGUAAAACCCUCUUCCAUUCUCAGCUCACCUGCGCCGCCACGCCCAGAGAAAAACAAAGUCCAUGCUUCAGCAACUCAUCCUCGGAGCAGAGUUGCUGCCGAGUCAAUAAAGGGCCCGGCAAUUCCUCAGUCCUGCAGUGUAGGAGGAAGCUCGAGGUGCGUGGGGCAGGAAGGAUCGAUGACCGAUCCGGUGGCCACCGUGGAGAGGAUCGUCAAGAUCGGGCUCAUGAUCAAGGACGCCAUGGACAGGGCUCGCCACAUCGAGGAGGAUUGCCGCGAGAUCACGAGGCGCGUGCUUAGGUUCAGCGCCAUCCUGUCUCAGCUGCAGCAGACGGGGACGGUGGCCGACAGCCCGGCGAUGGCCGGCGCGCUGGAGGACCUGGAGGAGACCCUGCAGCGUGCCCUCGAGCUGGUCACCGCCUGCCAGGAGAGGUCCACCAUCCGGCGCCUCGUCGCGGUCGGGGACUUGUCCAAGCAGCUGCGCCGGGUCAAAGAUGACAUCUUGAACAAAGUGAUGCUGGCGUCCUUCGCCAUCAACGCCCACACCACCAUCGUGCUGCUGACUAUUCAGGCUGGCGGUCAUGCUCCGCCCCGGGAGCAGCAAGCGGAUCCAGGUCUGACGGAUAUAUCACCGAACAUUCAAUCAACUGAAGAUGCUAGGUCUGAUUUGAACGGUGAGGAGAACAUUGUACUAACAGGAAACGAUGCCCCCUUUACUCCUUUAGUAGCCCUAAAAAACUUCUGUUUAUCUGAGUUAAAGGAUGCUAUAAAUGGCGGGAACAUCAUCGGAGAAGGUGGCUCGUGCAAGGUCUACAAGGGUGUGUUAAUUGAUGGGAAUGUGGUUGCAAUCAAGAUAUUUAAAAGACCACACAAAUUAUCAGGCUGGUGUUGUACAUAUGAUCAAAAACUUCUCCUGGCUUCAAAGCUUCAACACCAAAACAUAGUGAAAGUUGUAGGAUACGGCCAUGAACUUGGAUCAUCUUCUGUGAUAAUGCGGCUGUUGAAACACAAAAUUCGUCCAGCUAAAGAAAGAGUCUUAUUUUGGGUCGAAGAAUAUGUGCCGAAUGGAACCUUGUACACAAAAAUCCAUGAGUCCCUGCUUGAUUGGCCUUCCGUCUCCCGGAUACUUGAGCAGGUAGCCCAGGGCAUACAUUACCUACAUGAACAGCACAUUGUCCAUAGAGAUCUGAAACCAAGCAACAUCCUCUUGGAUUGUGAUAUGAAUCCUAAGAAUAUUGAUUUUGAGUUCUCUAUGGUGUUGAAUGAUGAGAUCACUGAGAGUCUCAUAGCAGGCACAGUUGCAUAUAUGGCUCCAGAAUACGCUAUGCGUGGUAUUGUAUCAAUGAAGAACGAUAUAUUUGCUUUUGGUGCCAUCCUCCUGGAGACCAUUAGCCGCAGCAUGUGCAGAUCUAAACCUCGAGGCGACUGCGGCUUGCUCCAUGUAUAUAAAUGGGCUUGGGAGGCUUGGGAAGCAGGACUAACAGAGGAGUUGUUUGAUCCGUCAUUGAUUGACGGGUCUCCGGGAAUGGAGAUUAGAAGGUGGGUGCAGGUAGGACUGCUGUGCAUUCAGCAUAACAGGAAAGACCGGCCCUCCAUUGCGGAUGUUCUUGAGAUGCUAAAUGGCAAGCAAGAGUUGCCGACCCCAAAGAAACCAGCGUAUAUGAAAUCAGACGAACGAAGGGAAAUCAGAUGAAGUGGAAUCUGCCUAGUCAAGCGGGUCGUCAUUGAGCCUCGUGUGUCCUCGCUAGGGAAAAAUUUCUCAGCGAAAUUUUUUCGAGAAAACCGAUAAUCGCGUUUAUCGGUGGUGACCAGUUUGAUAAAAAUUCUCGGUAAUUUUGAAUCCGUACUCACCCCUUACAGCUACAUAUCUUCUCAUUCCUAAGCAUUGUGAUGCCUUGUUUUUCAUAUUAGAUUGUUUGGAGAUAAUCUAGAUUAUUUUGGGUAUA